UGGAACGAUCGCAACCCAGUUUUCAGUCUUCGGAAAGAACCGAUCGACGACGGAUCAGCUUUCCGGUUUCUCUUUGUGUCACGCAGCCAUGUCGACUAAAGCAUUCGGUGUACUCUUCCUGCUACUGGCAGCACAGAACCUCUGUGAUGCCGCUCUUCUUCCUAUGGACAAACUAGAUAAACUCAUGCCAAAAAAUUUAUCAGACAAAAUAUCUAAGAACUUAAAUAAUGCGAUACCUAAAGAUUUAUUAGACAAAGUACCUAAGAGCUUAGAUAAUGUCGUACCUAAAGAUUUAUUAGAAAAAGCUAAAUUGCCGAAAGAUUUAGGUAACAACACAUUACCGAAAGAUUUAGGUAACAACACAUUACCGAAAGAUUUAGGUAACAACACAUUGCCGAAAGAUUUAUUAGGUAACAACACCUUGCCUAAAGAUUUGUUGAGUAACCUACCGAAAGAUUUACUGGGUAACAACACAUUGCCAAAAGAUUUACUGGGUAACAACACAUUGCCAAAAGAUUUACUAAACAAACUUCCAAUUGACAAAAAUCUGUUGAAUAAAACAUUGGGUAAAAUCCCACUGAACUCCACCUACUUGGACCCGAAAACUGGACAGAGUCUGAAACAAGCAUUGGAAAAAUCCAGCCAAAACCCAUUGGGACAAUUGGUUUCUCGAGGACUCGGUUGCGAAUGUGUAAAAGGGCUGUGCAACUGCUGCGUGGGUCUGAGUUUACCGUUGAUUGAUGGUCAGAAAUUCUGCUACAAACUCGAACUGGUUCCAGAAGAUCUUGAACUUAAGACAGCGCUCAGCUUGAACGACAAGCAACUUGUGGCGAGCACACUUACAGGAAAGAACCCACCACCAUUGUGCGUACCUCUUCCUCACCUCAACGCAGUGACCAUCUGCGUCCGAGUCUACGAUCUCGGCAUUGUCGGACGUAACCUGAAAGGAUGCGUCGAUUUGGAAACUAGAUUAAUCAACGCCCCAGUCUUCUUAUUGCACUUCGAUUGUAUGUCAAUGGGAUUGGACGGAUUGUCUUUGUCGAAACCUGGAAGUUCAGAGGGAUUGAACUUGCCGAAACCUCAGGAAAUCAUGCAGGAAAUUUACGACCACGUGAACUUUGAACCGAAUAAACAAGAAGAUAACAACGACUCUUCCUCGUCAUCGGAUGAAGACUCUCAAGUUGGACAGUUGAAAUAUUAAAUGUUUCGACUGUUUAUUUAAAUAUUUAUUUAUGUAGUUAAAUUAUUAUUAGCAUGCUAUGAUAAUUGUGAUCAAAGUUAGUGUAAAAUAAAAUGAUUUAAAAAAUGAA